ACCGGAGAGUCGAGGCGGAUCUAUAACCCAGCGAGGCGUGGACAAAGAGUCGCGUUGUUUGUGAACGAUUCCCGAUUCGCGCAUGCGCAAGACGAGAACCGCCAGUCCAACAUGGAGAGGAAAGUCCUAGCGCUGCAAGCGAGGAAGAAGCGUGGCAAGGCGAAGAAACCCAGUAAAAAGUCAGAACUACACUCUAGGGGGGUCUCUCAGCAAGUGGAGUCACCUCCUCCGGAGCCGGAAGAAGAGAUCCUGGGGUCCGAUGACGAGGAGCAGGAGGACCCCAGUGAUUAUUGCAAAGGUGGCUACCAUCACGUCAAGGUUGGGGAUCUGUUCAAUGGACGGUACCACGUCAUCCGCAAGCUGGGCUGGGGCCACUUUUCCACUGUGUGGCUCUGCUGGGACAUUCAAGGGAAGCGAUUUGUAGCCUUGAAGGUGGUGAAGAGUGCCGAACACUACACUGAAACAGCCCUGGAUGAAAUCAAGCUGCUGCGAUCAGUCAGGAACACAGACCCUGAUGAUCCCAACCGGGAGAAGGUGGUCCAGCUACUGGACGACUUCAAGAUCUCUGGGAGCAAUGGAACUCAUGUCUGCAUGGUGUUUGAGGUUCUGGGUCACCACCUUCUCAAGUGGAUCAUCAAGUCCAACUACCAGGGCCUACCGCUGCCCUGUGUGAAGAGCAUCAUCCGUCAGGUUCUCCAGGGCCUGGACUACCUACAUUCAAAGUGUAAGAUCAUCCAUACAGACAUCAAGCCAGAGAACAUCUUAAUGAGUGUCACCGAGCCCUAUGUCAGGAGGCUGGCGGCCGAGGCCACAGAGUGGCAGCGUUCUGGAGCUCCUCCCCCUUCCGGCUCUGCAGUGAGUACGGCCCCACCACCCAAACAGGCAAUGAAGAUGUCCAAGAACAAGAAGAAGAAGCUGAAGAAGAAGCAGAAGCGACAGGCAGAACUGCUGGAGAAGCGCAUGAUGGAGCUAGAGGAGCUGGAGCGGACCGCGGGGGAUGCUGCUGAGGAGGAGGAGGAGGAGGAGGAUGAGGAGCCCGAACGCCCCGAACGCCCCCCCUGCACCCCCCUCAAGGAGGCUGCUCUGCAAGACAUUGCAUGCGAGGCAGCAGAAGAGGACAGAGUGGAGAGCUGGGAGCCAGAUGAUGCAGGGGACACUAACUGUAAUGGCCACGCUCCCUGCACCGGCCCUGAGGUGCAGAUGGAGGCUGAGGAGCAGGACGACCCCCGACACCGAGCUCUGAGCCCGCAGCAGGAGGCCCAACACCCCCACAACUCCUAUCGGGCCUUUAACAGUGGACGCGGCUCCAAUGACAGCUGCAGCGUCACCACAGUCAGUGACAGUAGUGGCUGUUCAGAGUCGAACGGGCUGCCGGGGGAAGGGAAGGAAGUGCAGGAGCUGAUGGCGGAGCGCCCACAGGACUGCCUGAGGAGCGACGGAGCUAAGCUGGCAGCUGGGCAGCUGCUGGUGAACCCUCUGGAAGUGAGCAACGCAGGCAAGAUCCAGGUGAAGAUUGCAGACUUGGGCAACGCCUGCUGGGUGCACAAACACUUCACAGAGGACAUCCAGACACGACAGUACCGCUCUCUGGAGGUGCUUAUCGGCGCGGGCUACAGCACGCCGGCGGACGUUUGGAGCACGGCCUGCAUGGCGUUCGAGCUGGCCACGGGGGAUUACCUGUUUGAGCCACAUUCUGGGGAGGAUUACUCAAGAGAUGAAGACCACAUCGCAUUGAUCAUCGAGCUGCUGGGAAGGCUACCUCGCAAGCUCAUCACUGCUGGCAAAUACUCCAAGGAUUUCUUCACCAAAAAAGGGGACCUGCGACACAUCACUAACCUGAAGCCUUGGGGCCUGCAGGAUGUGCUGGUCGAUAAGUAUGAAUGGGUCCCGGCUGAGGCCCAAGCCUUCACCAGCUUUCUGCUACCCAUGCUUGAGCUGGUGCCUGAGAAGAGGGCCAUGGCUGCCGAAUGCCUACGGCACCCGUGGCUCUCCAUGACUGAUGGCAGGGGGGAGAUCCCUCACCAGACAGCCAGUGACCCCCUGGUCACCUCUGCCAUGACCCUUGGCGAACUGGCCUUGAGCUCCAGCGAUUCGAUGGAGACCCCCUUCCUCACCCCCAGUGAUGCUUCCCUGACACCCAGCGAGCCAGCAGGGAUGCCCAGCCUCAGCGAUGCCCCUCUGACACCCAGCGAGCCAGCAGGGAUGCCCAGCUUCAGCGAUGCCCCUCUGACACCCAGCGAGCCAGCAGGGACGCCCAGCCUCAGCGAUGCCCCUCUGACACCCAGCAAGCCAGCAGGGAUGCCCAGCUUCAGCGAUGCCCCCCUGACACCCAGCGAGCCAGCAGGGACGCCCAGCUUCAGCGAUGCCCCCGUGACACCCAGCGAGCCAGCAGGGACGCCCAGCUUCAGCGAUGCCCCCGUGACGGAGGCCACCCACCGUGAGCUCUGACCCUUGGGCACCUUGGAACAGAGACUGCUCUUCUCCCUCACCCUGCUGCACUAUGGCGGCUGCUGGGAGGUCCUUUCCUGCUAGGGCUCCCUGAUUUCCUGACUGGUUCAGAUGUUUUAGUUCUGUUUUUCCACUAACUGGGUAUUACUUGAGUUUUUUUCCCCUUUUCGUCAUUUCAUGAAGAUUCUCGUGCCCUUUGAAAUGUUGUGGUAUACUCCCCCUCUCAGAUCUGGGUACGUGCCCCUCCCCAAAGCAUACCCACUCCCAUUUACAUUAUUUUCCUGUGUUCGAGUUGGACGUGCAGCUUAAAUGAGUCAGCCUGGGGCUUGGUCGGGGGCGAGGACACACACAGUGUCUGAGUGUAGACAGCCAGUCACCCGCUUUUCUGUUGCAGCAUAGUAAAAACAGGGUGUGGUUACACACGUACCUUCAGAAGCCCUAAAAUGCUUAAAAGACUUUGUCUCCCUCAUAAGUCCUCUCAUCCUGGGAAGUGCACCCCAAUAAGUGAAGUUUGGACAGGCCUGAGUUGGCCCAGUUGUUCAUGGCCUGUUUUUAAAUGGGACACAGUGUUUGCUGUAGGUGGGUCAGAGAGACCUUACACAGGGUCUUACCUUUUAGCAUUUGUUUCCCCAAAGCUCUGGUGAGGAAGUUGCCUGCAAGAAGCACUAGACUGUUAAAUAAAUUUGGUAUUUUUUCAUACCGUUCACUGGCCUGUAUUAAAGCUUUGUAUUAAACUAGUUGUCUGUUUAAUUGUUGGGUUUUUGUGCAGUUUGUGCAGAAAAUUACAUUUGCAUUCACAGACUUUAAGGAUUAGGACAGGGAUGUUUCUGCAUGUGUGAAUGUUGUUCCUUGGGGAAACGAUUAUUUACAAAUAGACAUGUAACAAACUGGUUUGUUGUGUUUGGGACGAAUACCCUACAUAUUGGCAGUAACCAAUACAGUUGGGUCUAAUGUCUUCUUUGAUCUUGUCACAUCUGUUUAAAGUGAAUCUGAUGGUACAGUGCAGUGACAUUUGGUAA